CUUCUUCAAAUUCUGGUUUUCUGUGAUAUAUAUAAUAAUCAUGUACAGUGUAUUUUAAUAAAAAUAUGGACGUGUUUGUUGCGAGAAAGUUAUUCUCGUAAUUUACUUUCAUUGACUUUACAAUUUUCAUUUAGGAACCGUAGAGGCUUAUAAAUCACAAAAAAGUAUCGGACCACACUGGGUAAUUUUCAUAAAUAUAAGUAUUUACUUUUUUGGGGUAAGCGACGGAAGGGGCGAGGUGAGACGAUAGAUUUUUCGGACUCGGUCGUGACGUCACAAUGAGCCAUUCAUAAAAGCCAAUAAUAGAUGACGUCACAAUGACCAUUAUUUCAUUCCACUUCGAAAACAUCGGAGGAUAAAAAGAGUACGGUUCUGAUAGUAACUGCUAUUUUUGAUGGAGAAUUACCCUGCACACACAACGCAACCAAAUCGUUGGAUAAUAACUGAAACUAUGAAAACUAUUCAAUGCAUCGAGGUUUUAGGUUGGAUGUCGCCCGUAAACAAACAGUAUCAAACUCAGCUGAUGAACACCAACAAUAGUUCAUCCCAAGUGGAGCCAGAUCUAAAGGAAGUCCAGAAGUAUGUUGACAGCAUAAUCAAAGGCGCCAUCGAAAAAGUUAAAGAAGAGAAGAGUUCAAAACCUUUCAAAAACAAAGUUGGCCCAACAAUGCCUGAUGAUCUGGAAAAUCGGGAUAAAGAGCAAAAAAGAAGAUCUUUCAAAGCAAGAAUGCUUUCCUUAUUCACAUGCUGCUUCAGAAAACCAGAGGAAUAAGGAAACACGUUAUCUUUGAACACUGAAGACACUUAUCUGUUAAUGUGUAGUUUAUUAAUGCACAAAUUU